ACUACGACUUGAUUAACCAAACACUAAAGGAAUACGUUAUUCUUCUGGGGAAGUCAAUGCCUCGCCAACUCCUGCUACCACAGGCUAACCAGACCUCAGAUGCUGUAUUUACCUAUUACUACAACCAACUACGCCAGGUUUACCAGUAUCCUGACCUGCGUACCAAUGUAUGUCAGAACUUCCGAGAACUUGGCAAUAUCAUUAUAUUUUGUUUGCAGCUAGAGAAGAGCCUGCAAGAUUUAUUUAUUUAA